AUGAGGUCGGGGGGAGAGCUGAUGCUGGGAUCUGGGAGUGAGAAGUGGGGACCGUUUGACAGUCUUGAAUCAGUAAAAGAUAUUGAAAAUUUCAGUUGUGUUCUUGGCCUCUCCAAGUGCCCUUUCAUUCAGGGAAAAGUGUUGUUAGCUCAGCCCAGGGACACUGGUUUUUCAUUUAGCCACGAUAUCAAUAGUCAUUUGGCCAGCCUCUCCAUUGCUGGAAACACGAUCCCUAUUCCCAACCCUGCUGUUGAGGCUUUCUGUGCCCUGGAUAACUUGAAAGCCAGUGUUGAAAAUCAGAGCCAGAUUAAGAUGUACAUCAACGAAGUGUGUCGGGAGACUGUGUCACUUUGCUGCAACUCAUUUCUGCAGCAGGCCGGAUUAAAUUUGUUAAUAAUCAUGACAGUUAUUAAUAACAUGCUUGCCAAGUCCGUUUCAGACUUGAAGUUUCCUUUGAUACCAGAGGGAAGUGAAUGUGCUGAGGGGCACGUUGUGAAACCCUUGAUGGGUUUGUCUGAAAAGCCAGUCUUGGCGGGGGAGUUGCUGGGAGCCCAGAUGUUGCUCUCCUUCUUGUCCCUCUUUAUCAGGAAUGCAAACAGACAGCUUCUCCCAGAAAUCCCGGCCUCUUAAAUGGCCCCCUCCAACAGGAUGGGACUGAUCCACCCCGAACCAAAACCCGAUCAGUGAACCACACACUUGUGUUCUCAAUCAAAGACUCUGCAGUGGGUGCUAUUGAAGAUCCAGCCUUAGCCAGUAGCCAUAUCUCUGGGUGAAAGUUACACUUGCUAAAUCCAGGACCACUCUCUUGUUGGCCAGGAAGGGGUUCCCACAGAGCUUUGAGUAACCUCUUGGUUUUGCAGUCUGCAGGCAGUGCACAUUGUAAAUUGCUCCCUUGCGGCCUUCUUCCUGUGGUAAAGGGAUCAUUUCAGCUGUGUGGUGAAAGGACAACAUUUUCUAGCCUGACAAGGGAUGCCUUGCCUGUGGUGGUCUCCCUGUCUAAGCUGGACCGUCUUGUGGAGACCAGACCCAUAUGGGAGCUUGUGCCGAAAAUGCAUUGGUUGCUGCGUAGGUUGAAUUCUUUUUCAUUUACUCUCUUUUCUUCACGAGCCUAUGGAUGGUAAACCUGUUCAGCAAAAAAUGUACACUCCCCUUCUAUGAGUUGUACUGACUCAGCCUCGUCCACCAAGUCUGCAUUUUUAUGUAUCACCAAUAAAGCUGUGUGCUUUAGCUGGCAAAAACGAGAA